CCUUGGCUUCUCCCCACCUUGCUCCUGUCAGCAAAGAGGAUUUUGCAAAGCCACAGGAAGAUGUGUGACCAGCAGAAGCAGCCACAGUUCCCCCCAUCUUGUGUGAAAGGUUCAGGAUUGGGAGCUGUACAGAGUACCAAAUGUACCUCUGUGAAAUGCCCAGCUCCAUCCCAGACUCAAGCCUGUGUGAAAUGCCCAGCUCCAUGCCUGACUCAAACAUAUGUGAAAUGUGUAACUCCUUGCCAGACUCAAACCUAUGUGAAAUGCCCAGCUCCAUGCCCGACUCAAACCUAUGUGAAAUGCCAAGUUCCAUGCCAGACUCAAACCUAUGUGAAAUAUGCAAUUCCUGGCCAGAUGUAUGUGAAAUGCCCAGCUCCAUCCUAUCUGAAAUGCCCAGCUCCUUGUCAGACAUACAUGAAGUGCCCAGCCCCCUGCCAGACCCAGGCAUGCUAUGGCCAGGGCCCUUCUCCCGGCCAGACCUACUACAUUCAGGCUCCUGCAAGUAGCUCGACCACCUCAUGCCAUGUACCUGAUCCAUGCUCUGCACCCUGUUCCACCAGCUACUGCUGCCUGGCUCCCCGGACCUUCGGGGUGAGUCCCCUAAGACGCUGGGUCCAGCGACCCCACGACUGCAGCUCAGGAUCAUCCGGCUGCUGCGAAGAUUCUGGGUGCUGCAGCUGUGGGGGCUGUGGUUCUGGGUGCUCCUGUUUGGGGAUUAUCCCCAUGAGGUCCCGAGGUCCUGCAUGCUGUGAUCGUGAGGAUGACUGCUGCUGUUAAAUACAGAACAGCCCUGCUCUGGAACAUUCAGCAGCCUCUGGUCCCCUCUCUGUAUUCCCAGUGAUGUAGAAUCUCAUUGCUUCACCACAUACUUUGCUUCUCUAUGAAGGCAGCCUGCCAGAGUUAGCACGCGCCACAAACUUUGGCAAGAAUAAAGCUCUGAAAGCAAUUCA